UGAUGCAACUCAUCACUAUGAAGUUGUGCAGCUGCAGCUGUUCUGUCAAUGAUCAUAGGGAGGCGUGAUCACUCCGCCUUUGACACCUUGCACCGUAUUUAUUUAGGGCUUCUAUAUGAAAAUAGACACGCCUUAUCUCUCUAUAUGAGGUUUAGUUUGAAAGAGGAAGUUUAGCUGCUAUUACGUUGCACUCGCUGCUCGUUCUUUUCGCAGUUUUUUUUUACUGAGGCAUCAGUGGCGUAUUAUCGCUUCAAUUGAGCAAGUGAAGAUUCUAUCAUAGCCUAUCCACCUCCGCCAAGGCCUCUGACAUCGCAAGGCCUUCGUGGAUGAAGAGAACUGCCAGAGUAACAUCAUUGAUUAUACAACAUAUCUGCUUCCUUUCAUUCUUAUUAUAAGUAGAUUGAUUCAAUAAGACAGAUGAGCUCGUUUUACGACAGAAAAGACCCUAGUGAGUUAGGGCUGGAAGAGGAACUGAGUCAAGUAAACUGCCAAGAUGAGUUGGAGUUUGAUUACCUGUUUGAAUAUGAACCACCUUGCAACAACUUUCCCGGGGAAGAUCAAGCAGAUGAGCCAAAUCUCUCCUCACUGAGAGUCCUCAGUGUUGCAUCUCAUCUGGCAUACCCCCUGGAGGAGACUUCCCCCUACGACAUCAAGUGCAGCGAGCACAACCCAGAGAGCCUUUCUGGUUAUGAACACCUGGAGGCUAAAAACUACCUGGACCACACCAGGCCUGGGGGUAUCGCCCUGAGCCCCAGGAUCGAGAUCACUCCGUCACGUGAGCUCUACAGCCAUGGACGAGACUCCCUACAGAACCACCCUCUGAACAUCAGUCCCCGGCCCACUCUGACCGUCCCUGGCCACGACAGCCUGGUAUACCGAGAGCCCCAGUGCCUGAGCCCAGCCAGCAGCAACUCCUCCACCAGCUGGCACUCGGAGAGCUAUUCCCCCUGGGCCUCCCCUUGCGUGUCCCCAAGUAGUGGCCAGACCGGGGCCGGAGACCUCUGCCCCCGCUUCCAGAACAUCCACACCGCCUCCCCCCGCACAUCCCCAGGUACUUCCCCCCAUACUGAGGAGGGCUGUCUCGGCCCCCGUUCGCCCUCCCCAUCCAUUAGGCCAGGAUCCCGCUCCACCUCGCCACAGGGCAAGCGCACCUACGACAUGUACAGGAAUCCCAGCCUGGUCACUGGGAUCCGUUCCCGCAGUCCCUCCCCACACGGGGGCCACGGGGAGCACUCCCAACAGAAUGCAAGUGCCCAUUACGGGACCCCCAACAGUAUGGCUAAGGCCAUGAACGGCUACGGCACUGUCCAGCCUGGUCUGGUCCCCACCAAGGUAGUGAAGACGGCCAACCAGGCGUACGCCCUCUACCCAGAGAACCACAGGGAGGUCAACUACCUGGUGUCCUGUGAGCAAGACGUUAAGAGUAAAACUGGGGCGGAGUCCUUCUUUGUGAUCCCUCCCAUCUGGACCAAGCAGCUGGUCCCCAACCUCUGCAGCAUCCCAUUUUCUUCUCUGCCCCCUCUGGAAUGGCCUGUCCCCAGCCAUACAGACCAGUACGAGCUCCAUGUUGACGUGCAGCCCAAGCCUCAUCACCGAGCCCACUAUGAGACAGAGGGGAGCAGGGGAGCGGUCAAAGCCCCCACUGGAGGUCAUCCUGUCGUCCAGUUGCAUGGCUACAGGGGUAAGGAGCCCCUAGGCCUUCAGAUCUUCAUCGGGACUGCAGACGACAGGAUCCUGAAGCCUCACGCCUUCUACCAGGUCCACCGUAUCACGGGCAAGACGGUCACCACCACCAGCUACGAGAAGAUUAUCAACUCCACCAAAGUUCUGGAGAUCCCUCUGGAGCCCAAGAACAACAUGAAAGCGAUAAUCGACUGUGCUGGGAUCCUGAAGCUCAGGAAUGCUGACAUUGAGCUAAGGAAGGGCGAGACGGACAUCGGACGGAAGAACACUCGUGUGCGCCUGGUGUUCCGUGUCCACAUACCCCAACCCAAUGGGCAACACAUCUCACUGCAAGUUUCCUCCCAUCCAAUCGAGUGCUCCCAGCGGUCGGCCCAUGAGCUACCAAUGGUGGAGAAACAAGACAUGGAUAGCUGCUCUGUCCUGGGAGGUCAGCAGAUGAUCUUGACGGGCCAGAACUUCAGCUCUGACUCCAAAGUCAUCUUUAUGGAAAAAACCCAUGAUGGACAGCAGAUUUGGGAGAUGGAGACAACAGUAGACAAAGAUAAAUGUCAGCCUAGUCUGCUGUUCGUUGAGAUCCCUUCCUAUCGUGACCCAUCUAUCUGCCAUCCUGCCAAAGUGAACUUCUAUGUCAUCAACGGGAAGAGGAAGCGCAGCCAGCCACAGCACUUCACAUUCACCCCACUGGCAGUUCCCUCCAUUAAAACAGAGCCUGUGGAUGACUAUCCUUUCACCAUGCCCCAGAUCCUGGGUGUUUCCCCGCAGUCCUACUACCACCACAGUCCUGUGGGGAUCAUUCACCCAGACAACAGCCUGGUCUCCAGCAUGGCCUCAUGCCAGCAGGUCCGAUCCGGCCUCCCCACACCCGGCCCAGAACCCCGCUUCCAGCAACAGAGCCCAGCCAUUGUGUACACCCGCGGGGGCAAGAGUCUGAGCGGCAGCCCCGAAGGGCUCUACCAGCAGACUGGAGGGAUGGGGAUGAUGCCCGACCCACACCACUCUGUCCUGGUCCACACAGGCUCCCCAGUCCAGCAGCAACACGGAGGGGGCCAGGGCCAACACCCCUCCAUAAUUCAGUUCUCCCCCACCAACCAACACCUGCUCAGGGGAGGCGACCCUCCACCUCUCCAGCCUGACAACCAGCAGCAUAUCAUCUACUGUGAUGGCUUCCCUCAGCAGGCUGGAGCCCAAGCUCACUCCCCUGUCCCAGCCCACUCCCCCCAGCAUUACCCCACCACGGUGAUCCAGCAACAGCCCUACGUGCCCAAGGUGGUGCUCAAGGGCAGGUCUUCCCCUGGAGGGAUGGAAGCCCAGAGAUGCGCCCCUGGAGAGGAGCAGAGAGCCAGCCUCCCUGGAGGACAGGUCACGGUCAAGGAGGAGAACCUGGAUCAGAUGUACCUUGAUGACGGUGAGUUAAACGAGAUCAUAAGGAAGGAUCUGACCGGCGUACAGGCCAGAGGUCAGACAUAGACUACGACAGAACACAGGAAGUGGACAGCUGCAGCUCACUCUUCGUUGCCAUGAGAACCUCUUCUUCUUCCCUGUGUGCCCAUCUCCAUAUAAACCCUACAGUGUAUCAACCCCAGCCACCAGCAGUUUGGCUGCUCUGUCCGUUUCCUUCAAAUAACUGUUUCUCAGCUAAAAUAUUCUCUGCCUUUUACUCAACGCCAAAGAAUGUUCUGCCAAAGACAAUUUUCUUAGUUUUCAGGCCCAAAAGAAACUAGAUUGUGCCUUGUUUUAUUACUAGUUAGGUUUAUCGGAUUCAAAUGGAUGUUUUUCUGUACAAUAAAUAAGAGAGGGUGAAAAUUCCUAAACAAGUCACAAUCAUGGCAGUCGCUGUAACAUUACUGGUUGUUAAACCAAUAUGCAGUGGUGGAAAAAGUCCCCAAUUGUCAUACUUGAGUAAAAGUAAAGAUACUGUACGUUAAUAGAAAAUGGCUUAAGUAA